AUGACUUACGGUUUCCCAAAGAUAUCUUUCUUUAUUGGUUUAUUAUUAACCGGUCUUAUUGUUGCACAAAUUAUGUUACCAAAAGUACCACAACUUCAAAGUGACAGUGCAAUGACUGCCUCAAUUCAAGUAAAAGUAAAUUCAACAAUGUGCUCUGGAAAAUAUCCAGCCACUAUUCAAAAUAUGUUAAAACAAUUCCCUGAUAUCGACUCUAAUAUUUUACUUAUUAUUGGAGCUUCAGCAAUUGCUUUAACUUUCUUAUUUAAUUUGAUUCCACAAAAUGGAUUCUUUUCAUGGGCUUUAAUACAUUUAUUCACUCUUUCCUUUAUUGUAACUGCCUUUGGAGCAUUUUAUUUAUUCUCAUUAACUCCAUCAACUACUUGUACUACAGUGAAAACAAUGAUUUUAAAUACUAAACAAAAUGCAACUAUUUUUGAAUUCAUUAAAAAUAACGAAAUUACUAAAAAACUUGUUUCAUUUAUUCCACAUUAUAUUAUGGAUAAAAUCCAUAUCUUUGCUGGUGUCUUUGUUGAAUGUGUUAAUAAGCUUGGUGUUACUGCUCCAAUUUUUGUUAUUGUUAUUGCUUUCUAUUUAAUUAAUAAAGAAACAAGAUCAGUUACUAGAUUUGAAGUUCUUGCACUUAUUGGUUUAAUUGUAUCUGCUAUUUCUGCUCUUGGAUACUAUAAAGCUACUUCUGAUUAUGUCUUUGCUGGUGUAUUUACUAUUGCAAGUAUUGUAUUAGCUCUUAUUGUUGUUAACCUUGCAUUGAAUUUCGGUUAUAUCUUUGUUUCACCAGCAUACUUAUUCGGUUGUUAUGUUCUUAGUUACAGAUUACUUGGUCUUUGCCUUCAUUUCAAAAUUCCAUUUGAAUUACAAAUUGCUGUUGGAUUCUUUGUUUUCUUAUUUGCCAAUACUUUCAUUUGGACUAAGAAUGGAACUUAUUUGACUGUUGUCUUCUUACUUAACUAUGGUUUGUCUACACUUUGUCCACUUCCAGCUGAUUCUUUAAUAGUCCUUGUUUUCCUUCUUUACAUUUUCACUUAUGAAUGCUGCAAAUGUAAGAAAACUUGCAAGAAGGUAGUUAAACAAAAAACUGAUUAA